AUGAAUCCAACGGGCGAGGGAGUGGCGGAUGAAACCAAGUCGGCAUCCAAGGCUGGAGGAGCCAAAACUGAGACGGAUCCUGCAUCAGGAAAAUCAGAUGCAGGCUUGCAAGUGAUUGUCUUGGGACAAUCAGGAGGCCCAUGGGAAGAUAGCGUUACUGGGAUGCUGGUUCGAUCGACCUCUACCAACUGGGGCCCUGAUUCGAUAAUUGCAGUCGAUGCUGGCACCCUUCUGUGUGGGAUAAAGUACGUUCUAGAGUCCGAAGGCGACAAUGGACCAUUUGCCGGCAUGGCUAUGCCUCACAAAACAGCCAAGGCGAAUGCUGCACACAUCCUACGAGAGACUGUCGGGACCGUCCUAGUCACGCAUGCCCAUCUUGACCAUAUCUCGGGUUUUGUCUUAAACUCCCAGAUUCUGGAAGCCUCAAACCGUCCCAAACGUCUGGCUGCUUUACCGUCAGUCAUCGCCGCCUUCAAAGAUCACAUAUUCAAUGGGGUAAUAUGGCCAAAUCUCACCGACGAAGAUGAUGGGGCAGGACUUUUUACUUUUCAACGCUUGGCGGAAGGGGGCAGCCGAGAUGAGGAGAGGGGCUAUGUACGCGCUUGCGAGGGAUUGAUGACUCAGUGUUUUGCCGUAAGUCAUGGGCGACGCAAACUGGAGCAUCAGCAACAAGAUACCACGCCAACGCCUGAUAUGCAUUCCGUUCGCCAGAGCAUGCCGUCGUCAGCAGACCGCACAAUGUCCCAGCUAGAUGACCCAACGCCCUUCGUGCCGUCACUCUCACCUGCACCAGGACAAGCGCCAUCUUCGCGGUCCCCUCGGGAAGUACCUGAGAUGGUCGAAAGCUCGGCGUUCUUCAUUCGUGACCGUUCUUCAGGCAAAGAAAUUAUAAUCUUCGGGGACGUUGAGCCGGACUCGGUGUCGGCCUAUCCGCGCAACCGGCGUGUCUGGGAAAUGGCCGCGCCGAAGAUUAUUUCCGGCGCUUUGCGCGCGAUCUUCAUCGAGUGUUCUUACGAUGACUCCGUCAAGGACGAGAACUUAUACGGCCAUCUUAACCCACGCCACUUGAUAGCCGAACUCAAGGUUUUGGCCCAAUUAGUUACCAAAUUGAAGCAUGGGGCAGACCGCAAACGCAAGCGUAGCCCGUCGCCAACCGGAGAAGGGGCCGCGGACGAACCUUCCAGCAGCAGAGUGUGUACAAGGUCUCAGACCAAAAGCAAAACAAGCCCGGUCGUAUUGAUAGAAAACUCAAGCAGCUCCCUUGUUGCUGAUGAAGACGACGGCAUUGGGUGGUCGGAGCAGGAGAAACCUUUGGUAGGGCUGCACAUCUACCCCAUUCACAUUAAGGAUGAUAUCAACGAGAAAGAGUGUGUUGUGGAUCGGAUAUGGAGUCAAUUCGAUGUAAGGGCAAACUUUGAGGAUCUAGGGUGCCUGGUCUGCGUUCCCCGCCGUGGUGAGGAAAUUCUCAUUUAG